GACGGGGCGGGGACACGACUGCCUCCCGCCCGCCGCGCGCUGGGCGCUCAGAGCUAGGGCGCAGCGGGAGGGCAGUUAGAUCCGAUCUCCCGCGCCCCGAGGUUGCCGCUCCCCGAGGCCUCCCGCGGCCCAGGUUCUCCGUGGCCCGAGGUCUCCAGCGGCCCGAGAUCUCCGCCAGCGCCAUGCGCCUGAGCAGUCCUGGACUGCUCUUCCUGCUCCUCAGCAGCCUUCGAGCCGAUACUCAGGAGAAAGAAGUAAGGGCGAUGGUAGGCAGCGAUGUGGAGCUCAGCUGCGCUUCCCCCGAAGGAAGCCGUUUCGAUUUAAAUGACAUUUACGUGUACUGGCAAAUCAGUGACACGGUGGUGGCUUACCACGUCCCGCAGAACAGCUCCUCCUCCGUGGCCAGCCGCUACAGGAACCGGGCGGCGAUGUCACCGGCCGGGAUGCUGCAGGGCGACUUCUCCCUGCGCUUGUUCAAUGUCACCCCCGACGACGAGCAGAAGUUUCGCUGCGUGGUGCUGAGUAAAUCCCUGGGAUUCCAGACGGUCUUGGAAGUUGUGGUCACACUGCAUGUGGCAGCAAACUUCAGCGUGCCGAUCGUCAGCGCGCCCCACAGCCCCUCCCAGGAUGAGCUCAUUUUCACGUGUAUGUCCGUGAACGGCUACCCCCAGCCCAGAGUGUACUGGAUCAACAAGACGGACGGCAGCCUGCUGGACCAGGCUCUGCAGAAUGACACCAUCGUGUUGAACACGCGGGGCUUGUACAAUGUGGUCAGCGUGCUGAGGAUCGCGGCGACCCCCAGCGUGAACAUCGGCUGCUGCAUAGAGAACGCGCUUCUGCAGCAGAACCUGACUGUGGACAGCCAGACAGGAAAUGACAUCGGAGACAGAGACAAAAUCACAAAGAACACAGACAGUACCCCCGAGGAGAAGAACGUGGCGGUGUGGAGUGUCCUGGCUGUCCCAUGCCUGCUUGUGGCCCUGGCGGCAGGCCUGGCAACGUGGGUGUGCAGGUGCAGAAGGCCCCGCCGCAGCUAUGCAGGUGUCUGGGCUGCGAGGCCGGAGCCAGAGCUCACUGGCCAUGUUUGCCCAAGCUCACCGCCCAGAAAUGUCAUCCACACCAAAAGCAAAUGUCCCCAAGUGAGUGCGCUCACCAUUGUCACUGGCAGUCACUCACAAGAAGGGCCUGGUGAUGGGCUCCCCUCCACUCGGAGCAGGCAGGAUUCGGCACCAGGCUCUUCCCAGCACCCAGACCCACUGGGGACACAUGCCUUCCCAUGAAAUGCGGGACUGUGAGACUGAAGGAAAGGUAUUUGGUUGAAAAGGAGGACUGGGCAUCCCCUCUUCCAGGAAAGCCUCUGUUCUGCUGGGGUCUCUUGAGGGUGUUAGCAGGAGGCCCAGGUGUAGGACCUCUUCUGCCCUGUACGUUCCCGACCUGCCUUCCGCCCGGAGGCCACAGGACCCACGCCGGUGCAUGUCCACCAGCAUCGGCAGCCGUCCACACCAAGGAGCCCUGGAGGGCAUCGCUGGCCUCUGCCACACUCCUUGGGAGGAACACUGGCCCUUGGCUGUUCUGGUGAAAAGCUGAGCCACCUUCAGAAGAGGCACAGGUGGAGUUUGCCAGAAGAAAGGCUGUGCCAGGGCCGUGUUAGGCCAGUAGCAGGGGCUGCCGGGGCUCUGCCUGGGGCCUGCAGCGAGAAGGACACAGCCCAGCAGGGCUGGAAGCGCCCAUGUCCAGCAGGCACGGCCCUGGCAACGUGGUCCCCAGAGUCCUGAGCAGCAGUUAGGUGCAUGGAGGGGGCGUCACCUGGUGGUCGUGAUCCCCCUUCCCACUGCAGCUGUGAUCCCCAAAGCACUGGGUGGCUCCCCCCACCUCCACCACCCUCAGCAGCCCUACCUUGCUCAACCCGGAGGGUCUCAGGGUCCUGAUGAAGACCUCUGACCCCAGCACCAGGCUCCUCAGAGACCAACAGUCCCGAGGGGGACCGGAGACGGGGUGGGCCAGUGCUGAGGGGUGCCACCCUGGGCCCUGAUCCGACCCAGCGCCUUCCAUGCUGGUCCCUGGAAUGAAUCAGUGGCUGACUGUCUCCAGGAGGGCUGGAAAGGAUGCUGCCAGGUGGCCUGGGGUGCACUCGCCCCAGGGAGAUGGGAUGGACGCCUGGCCUGACCCUCAGGAUGCAGUGUCAGCUCCGGGGCUGUGGGCCAAUGCCCCUCCUCCUCCCUUCCCAGAGUCACCUGAUAUUCCCGGGAUCAGUCGGGGCUGUUACAGCUCCCAUCACUUGGAACUGACAGCGUGUGAGGGCUGCACUUCUCAGACUUAGAACAAAACGAGGAGUGAGGACUCAUGGUCACAGUGCAGUUCCAGUACUUGUUACAAGCAAUUGUUUUUCUACAAAAAAAGUCCUCACCCGGACCUUUAAGUGAAGGUGACCAGGGCUCCACUCGCACUUUUAACAUGCAAGCAUUAGAAGAUGUGUGGUGUUUGUAAAAGAAUAAUUGUUGUCAGCGGGCAUUGAUUGGCAGGGACAACGAGCUGCUUGGGUGUGGAAAGUUGGGGCGUUGGAAAGUGGGGUGUGGUCCCAUUUGCAGUGACUGAGAAGUGACUCCAGGAUGGACUUGCAGGGACACCCAGGGGUCCUAAGCCCCAGGACUGAGGGUCAUGCAUCACCACUCAGGUGGCUCAGGAGAUGCCCUGGGCCUGGUGACUUCACAGGCAGGCCGGGGACAGCCCCGAAGGGAGACAGAGUCUGGCUCCAGCUUUUCCCAUUGGAGGUGGUUUUCCUUCACCAGGGGACAGGCAGGAAGGCUGCAGCUGCCCCAGGGGCCCCAGAAGCUUCUGCCCCUCAUGCCCGGGGUUCGGGAGACACUUUGGAGGCUGCUGUCGCCACUGUACGUCCAAGGCCAUGCCCUCUGUGGGUGGGUGCCCAUGUCUUACCACCCUGCUGGUCCCCACAGCCCCUCCGAAGCCUGCAUGUCGUGUCUAUAAGACCACCCUGUAACGCUGCCCCUCUCAGCCCAAGACGUCAGCUUCCCCUUUCUCCUACACUGCGGACAGGCUGGAUGCCAGUGUCCUGGCAGCCACCUCCAGAAACCCAACUUAAGAGAGAGGGUAAGGGGCAAACCG